AUGGCGAUCACGAUUCUCCCACCAACUCCGGCGGCGCCACCUCGAAGUUCGACAGCUCACAAUGGCAACCUCGAUACAUAUUCAUCCGGCGAAGAAAAUGAAGAUUCAAUGGACAUUGACGACCUCCCGUCUGGCCACCGGAAGACCACCAACAUCAUCACUCCGGGUCAAAUAGUUACGGACGAUCCGCAAUGGAUGCGCGGUCACGGCACUUUCGCGUCAGACACCGACACAUCCACCAUCAUAAGAUCGACAUUGGCAGGAACAUUGCAGAAGACCAACAGACUGCUUUCUGUCGUCCCACUUCGCGCACGAUAUACACCAGAGAUUGGCGACUUAGUCAUUGGAAGGAUCGUAGAAGUACAAAGUCGGAGGUGGAAACUAGAUGUUGCAGCACCGCUCCUUGCGAAUCUGCUGCUCAGCUCUAUCAACUUGCCAGGCGGAAUUUUGAGGAAGCGGACAAGCGUUGAUGAGCUCAACAUCAGGUCUUUCUUCGGCGAAGGUGAGCUGCUGGUGGCAGAAGUACAAUCUCUCUUUCAAGAUGGUAGCGCCUCAUUACACACCCGCUCGUUGAAGUACGGCAAGCUGAGGAACGGAUACUUCAUGGCAGUAUCCGGCAUGGGUGGAGGCGCAGGAGUCGUGCGGAGCAAGAGACAAAUAUUCACGAUCCAUACAAGAGCCGGCGAGGUUGAUUGCAUAUUGGGUGUAAAUGGGUACAUCUGGAUCAACAAGCACAUUGGCGAGAAGGAAGAAGUGGGUGUGAACAGGUUGGAAGAGACUGCAAGUGCGGGCAUGUACUCGAGUCAGAACGACGAGAUCACGACGGAGAUGAGGAGGGAGAUUGCGAGAAUAGGCGGCUGUAUUCGAGCAUUGGUGGAAGGAAAUCUGAAGGUUGAGGAGCAAGGUGUGAGAAGAGCAUAUGAAGCCAGCAUCGAGUUGGACGAGAUCGAGGGAGAGACUCAGUAUAUUGGCGGUGAGCGAGGGCAGAGGAUCGUGGAGAUGGUCCUAAGCAGAUGA